AUGCCACCUAGCAAUCCAUUACCGCCUAAAGAGAAUGCUCUUUUUAAAAGAAUUUUGCGAUGCUACGAACAUAAACAAUAUAAAAAUGGGUUGAAAUUUGCUAAGCAAAUAUUAUCUAAUCCCAAAUUUGCAGAACAUGGGGAAACUUUGGCUAUGAAAGGUUUGACAUUAAACUGCCUGGGGCGUAAAGAAGAAGCUUAUGAGUAUGUUCGUCGUGGUCUACGCAAUGACCUGAAAUCACCUGUUUGUUGGCAUGUCUACGGGCUUCUUCAGAGAUCUGAUAAGAAAUAUGAUGAGGCAAUAAAAUGCUACCGUAAUGCAUUGAAGUGGGAAAAGGAAAAUAUUCAAAUUCUGAGAGACCUUUCCUUACUUCAAAUUCAGAUGAGGGAUCUUGAAGGAUAUAAAGAUACCCGAUACCAACUUUUUAUGUUAAGACCAACACAGAGAGCAUCUUGGAUUGGAUUUGCAAUGAGCUACCAUCUUUUAGGAGAUUAUGAGAUGGCUAAUAAUAUUCUUGAUGCUUUUCGAACGAAUCAAAUGAAGGGUCCAUAUGAUUAUGAGCAUUCAGAAUUAUUGUUAUACCAAAACAUGGUGUUAGCUGAGUCAGGACAGUAUGAAAGAGCUUUACAACAUUUGCAUAAGUUCCAAAGUCAGAUAUUAGAUAAAUUAUCUAUAAAAGAAACCUCUGGAGAGUAUUAUUUGAAAUUAAAGAGGUUUAAGGAAGCGGAAAGUGUUUACGAGGAUUUGCUCAAAAGGAAUCCAGAGAAUGUGAUGUAUUAUCAAAAAUUAGUAGAAGCUAAACAGCUAAGUGAUCCAGACGAAAAAGUGGCCUUUUAUGAUGUAUAUAAGAAAGAGUAUCCAAAAGCAAUAGCGCCUAGACGGCUCCAGUUGACGGAGGCUCAAAUGCCGGCCUUCGAGCGCCUCGUUGACGAGUACCUGAGGCACGGCCUGCAUAAGGGCAUACCGCCACUGUUUGUGGACUUAAGGUCUUUAUAUGCAGACCAAAGUAAAGCGGACACGAUAGAAAAGUUAAUUUUACAAUACAUGGAGAAUUUAUCUAAAUCAGGAGUGUUCAGUAGUAAGCCGGAUGAAGUGAAACAGCCGGCCAGUGCUCUGCUAUGGGCUUACUACUUCGCAGCACAGCACUAUGACUAUAAGAAAGAUACGGAUAGAGCGCUACAUUAUAUAGACGCGGCGAUAGAACAUACACCCACAUUGAUUGAACUGUUUAUUGUCAAAGGAAGGAUAUGUAAACACGCCGGCGACCUGGUGUCGGCGUACGAGUGGCUGGAGGAGGCGCAGGCGAUGGACACGGCCGACCGCUACGUCAACAGCAAGUGCGCGCGCUACAUGCUGCGCGCCGGACACGUCAAGCGCGCGGAGGAGAUGUGCGCCAAGUUCACGAGGGAAGGUGUUCCAGCAACAGAGAAUCUGAACGAGAUGCAGUGCAUGUGGUUCCAGACAGAGGCUGCCGCCGCGUACCAGCGCCAGCAGCAGUGGGGGGAGGCCCUGAAAAAGGCUCAUGAAGUUGAUAGGCACUUCUCGGAGAUAAUGGAGGACCAGUUCGACUUCCACUCGUACUGCAUGCGCAAGAUGACGCUCCGGUCGUACGUGGGCCUGCUGCGGCUGGAGGACGUGCUGCGCGCGCACCCCUUCUACUUCCGCGCGGCCGCCACCGCCGUGCGCGUGUACCUGCGCCUGUACGCGCACCCGCUGCAGGACGUGCAGCAGACGCAGGAGCCGGACACAGUGCUUUAUGAUAAUGGCAAAGAAUGGUUUAUUCUAACUAGAAUAAUUACU